AUGGCGGAUGGAAGAGUUACAAAAAGAUCGUCAAAUGCUUGUGUGCGAUGUCGGAGGCAAAAGAUCAAGUGCUCCGGGUCCCAACCAUGCGACGGGUGCAGCAAGCGAAAGGUUUCUUGCGUUUUCAACGACCGUGAUCAGAAGAUUCUGGUGACAAGAGGGUAUAUCCUGGAGCUGCAGCAGAAGGUCGCGCGUGCGGAGCAAAUCGCAAAAGGUCAAGCAAGCCCUUUCAGCUCGGAUUUCGAUACCCAAGUGAUUGAUUCAAACGACCGCGAAGAUGUACCCACUUUGGACAGGAUCAACACUCCUGGGGAUCAUGAUGAAUCUCUUGACCUGGAGGAUCAAGACUCCGGUCUAGACUCCGGUCUAGACAAUCCUUUAUCAACCGGUCCCCCUGCUUUUAUGUCUAUGGCAAAUGGCCGAACAUUCUAUCUUGGAACAUCAUCCAACUGGUCGUUCACUCGGCGAGUCCUCAGCCUGGCACACCAACACCUUUACCAUGAGGCGUUGCCAACGGAUACACUAUUAUUCGACGAAACAACAUAUGAGCUCGGAUGGGAUGGUUUACGCACAAGCCCAGGCCCGGAUGAUCCCGUCGUCCCGACGCGCGACCACACUAUGUAUCUGAUCAAUGCCGUUCAAUUUCGUUGCGGACAGUUAUAUCACCUCUUUGAAGAAGACGUUUUCAUGGGUUCUUUGCAAAAGUUCUACUCGGGGGAUGGACAUUCCAUGACAAAUAGCUUGUGGUAUAUUCAUUUCCUCCUCAUCCUGGCCUUCGGGAAAGGGUUCGUUCAACCCAAGGCUCAAGGGAAGAGACCGCCAGGGGUGGGUUACUUCAUCAAGGCUCUGCAGCUGUUGCCUGACCCGAGCGCUCUCUAUCGGGACCCAAUGCAAGGAACAGAAAUUCUGUGUUGCAUUGCCUUAUAUUACCAAUGUGUCGAUUUUCGAACAUCGGCACAUAACUACAUUGGCCAAGCCAUACGGAUAGCCAUGUCAUAUGGAAUGCACACUAGCAUGCCAGUCGAAGUUCUAGGAUAUGACAUGGUCCAGAGAUCUAGCAAAAUAUGGUGGACCAUAUACAUGCUGGACAAAGAAAUGACAUCUCUGAUGGGUCUGCCCCAAUCCGUGAAUGACCGAUAUGUGCAAACGCAACUUCCGGCCUUUGAAGACCCAUCAGAGACGAUAUCCUUGGGCAUGCACAUCAAACUGUCACAGAUCGUUGCCGAGGUGAACAGCACAGCGAUCUAUGUCGUCGACGGGCGCAUCAACCGGACUUUCCUGCUCAGCACCAAGAGAGCACUGGCGAAUAUUGCAGGGCUUGCUGAUGAGCUCCGCGAGUCAUUUCCCCUCCACUUGGACCCAGCUAGCGGUGUUUCUCGGACAUCAGCAUACUUACAUCUUCAACAUCACCAGUGUAUCAUCUUAGCCACCCGACCUCUCUUAUUCUGCUUCCUCAAAAUUCGAUUCGAAUCCCCAGAAAGCUGCCUGGAAUCCAUCAAGGCAUCUCGCAACGUCAGAAUCCUGAUGCAGAUGUGUCUGGAGUCAGCCCAACAUAGCAUAUACAUCCUCUCCAGUCUACAGAGCCAGGGUCUGUUAGAGACAUUUCUCCCCUUUGACCUAGAGUCGGUAUUUGUAUCCACCGUCAUUCUCCUCAUGGGUCCAGCAAUCGACCCGCGCGAACUAGAAAGCAACCCCAACUGCCUGGAGAAAGCGUAUGCCAUUUUCGACGAGAUGAUCAGAGACGGAAACCAAGUCGCUAGCUUCCGAAGGUCGGAGCUUCAGCAGCUAGAUGAGACUUUAUUGGGAUGUAUCUCUGGUGAUUACCCACGACAGUUAGCAGUGCCUGCUCUCUUCCAGCAAGCGGAUAUGCUACCUAACUCAGCUUCUCCAUCUGCCACGCCGAAUGCAGGGGCUAUAACUCAGUCCCUCCAAUAUGAUGAUGCUGUUCUUCGGCCCCAUUCAGAGUUGGAGUUGGAUUGUGAUUUUACUACGAUGCUAACAUCGGCUGAGAUCAUGGCUGUUGCGGACUCUAUUGAGAGUUAUGAUACUGAAUGGGUGUCUAACGCCAUGGUCGAACACAGUAUUUGGUAG